AUGGCCUCCGCAGCUCGCAACAACCUCCGACGAGCCCUCCUCUACGUCCCCGGCUCAUCACAACGGUUCCUCGACAAAUCCCGCUCUCUAGCCGCAGACUGCGUCGCCUAUGACCUCGAGGACAGCGUAACUCCGCACAAGAAGGCAGAGGCACGCCAACUCGUGCGGAGAGCCAUUGAUGAGCCUGCUCCGUCGCAGAUACGUGAGCGGGCGGUACGAAUUAACUCUGUGGAUAGUGGUUUGGCUUUGGCUGAUUUGACCGAAGUCUUACAAUCGCCGAACCUGACAACCCUGGUCGUGCCCAAAGUCAAUUCAGCGUCUGACCUGACCUUCAUCAACGACGUGAUUACUCACACUUUAAAAGAAGAAAGAAAAGUCCCCAUCUCGAUCCUGGCACUCAUCGAGUCCGCAAAAUCAAUCACCAACCUCAACGAAAUCUGUCGCGCAACCCCUCUCCUUCAAGGCCUCAUCUUCGCCGCUGAAGACUUCGCGCUUGACCUCAGUCUUACGCGCUCGCCUUCAUUGACAGAAUUCCUGUUCGCGCGAUCAGCAAUCGUCACAGCCGCAAGGGCCCAUGACCUCCCUUCCACAAUUGACCUCGUCUGCACAGGCUACAAAUCCGAGUCCGCCAAGCAACUCCUUGAGGAAGAGUCGCGUGGUGGGAAACGUUUAGGUUUCAAUGGAAAACAAUGUAUUCAUCCGACGCAGGUGGAGACUGUGCAGCGCGUGUUCAGUCCCGAGGCUGAUGAGGUUGAGUGGGCGAUUAGGGUUGUGAUUGCGGACGCAAAGGCUGCUGAAGCGGGCAAGGGGGCGUGGACGUUGGAUGGGAAGAUGAUUGAUGUGCCUGUUGCGGAGAAGGCGAAGAGUAUUGUGCGAAGGGCGGAGGCUUGUGGAUUGGAUGUUGGGGAGUUGAGGGAGCAGUGGAAGGGGCAGGAGCCUGAAUAG